UUACAUACUGGUUUCACUCAUGGUAAACGCAACGAGUUUAGCGCUUCUUCAUAUAACGGAAGACAGGAACCUAGUCAUGUUUUUUCUAUAAUCUUCUCAAGCAAUUAAUUUCUUAUUUUUGGGAUUAUUUUUCAUUAGAUUUUAAAACAAACAGAUUGCAAUAAGGACAUUCGAUUUUAUUCAAAGUUGUUCCCUAAAAUAGGUUUCUAUGGCCGCCAUCUUGUUGUCAUAUGCAACCAUAACCUGGGUAAAACAGUAACGAAACGGGGGCGGGAAUUAUGUUUACAGUGUCGAGCCAAUUUAGCUGAUUGUUGAUUAAUGAUGUACUGUUGAUUUAUUUACAGAGCCAAUUUAUCACUGGGAUCCCAAUAAAACACUUGAAAAAACGGCUCAAUAAAUAUGAUUUCACACAAGAAUAUUUGUUGAAGACGUGGAAUGUAAUGAAAGUUUCUGUUCGACGCCAAAAUGUACAAGAGCACUCUAGACUUGCUAAUACACUGUCGUAGAACUAUGCCGAGGAAAUAACGUUUGCUUCAUGCUUGAGACUGAGUACAGAAAAGCAAAUGAGUGGGACUUAAUCAGUGACGUCACAGUUCUAACUACAUAUGCAGAGUUAUAGAAAAGUUUGUUUAUAUGAUAAACACAACUACAAUGAACCGAAAACAGUCACGACCUGGGACAAGGAAUUCUCAGAAAGCCAACUACAAGUCGGGAGGCAACUCCAGGGUGUCGUCUCGGCGCCCGAGUCUUGUUCCACGGCGCCAGUCUACACAGGGAUCCAUUCUUCCUGCAUCGGAUGCUGAUGGGGAGGUCUUGGCUGAGGGCGUGGAGCCGCUGUCUGAGACUUCACCGCGGGCGCUGUACCGGGCCCCGCCGGGGUACGAGGUACAGUCCCUGCACUACAUCAGACAGUAUAUGGAGGACACAAGGAUGGAGGAGAACCUCAGGCAGCUCCUCCGUAUGUUAAUGGAGCGCAAGAAGCUGCCGUAUAAUCCCUACCCUGGCCCUCGCAUCUCGACUCCGUCCAUAUGUAGAGAAAUUUUACAGAGAUUCACACAGCCCCGAAAAAAUUGAAUAUGUGUUGGGGACGCCCCUACAGGAAACACCUGUGCUGAAUCUGUACACCCCGAAGGACAACGAGAUUGUGUGGGGUCUGUCCAGUGUCCUGCGGACGGUCAACCCGACAGCCCUACAGAGAUACAAGUGGCUCAUGGAAAAUAUCACACCCAACCCUGACGAUCUGUACCAGUCAGAUGAA